AUGAUGCUAGUCUGUCUUGGCAAUGGGGCUCGUUCAGGUAGGGGUGAUCGUUUGCCAAUGCUGCUCCACGAGGAAAAGGAUUUCGUACUCAGUAGCUUGUCUUGUGACAGGGCUUUGGAAGAUACAGAUACAUCACCCCCGUGCAUGGCUGAUGUUUUCAGAGGGAUGGGAAAGGCUGCUCGUGAUUCUUUAUGCGCAAUUGCAAGGCAUCUUCGUUUGCGGAGCGAUGUUUUCAACCAUUUACUUGAUGAUAAUCCAUUGCCUGCUAAUGAGGCUUCUUCAUCAGUGCUGGUUGCCACCUACUCUCAAACAUCCUUUCAAAAUGGGAAAGGUGCUAUUGGGGUAGGGAAGGUGGCGACAAAUGGUGAAGUUGAGAAGGGGUUGUUGACACUGAUUUCUUCAGAUGCUCCUGGUCUUCAGGUGUGUGAUCCCAAUGGCCGUUGGUACUUAGCAGAUAGUGGCUCGGCUCCUGGAGACCUCCUACUUCUUACAGGCAAGGCACUCAGUCAUGCAACUGCUGGCCUUCGCCCUGCUGCCUCACAUAGGGCUGCACCUGAUCAGUUUCCAGGCACUACUACUGGUGGAAGGACAUCACUGGCAUUUAGGCUCAUGCCACAAGGCAAUGCUAUUUUAGAUUGUUCCCUGAUUGCUGCUGCUGGUCAUGUUAUUCCUCAUAGUUAUGUACCAAUCUCUGUAAGCCAGUUUAUGGAUGACCUUUCUGCUGAAGAAGAUGUAAUGUGCAACCACACUGACGAUGCUUAUGUGGCUCGAGAUAAUAUUAGUAAGGACCCCUCAUUAAGAAGCGUUCUCUCAGAUCCCCUAUCGUGA